UUGUUUACUGUUCCAAAUUAGAUGUGAAAAAAUGUAAAACGGAGAAUGGCGUUAAAAAAGUGGUUGGUCGGAAAUUAAACGACUACGGCGGCUCCCUAAGUUCGUAUGCAAGUCAAAGAAGGUGGUAGUAGGUGAAGGGCAUUUCCAUAAUAUUACCCCUAAAAAAUCUUUACUAAAAUCACCAAAAACAUCGUUUUGCCUAUUGCCUUUUUUUUUCCCACUCAUAAUUUCUUCAGAUCACAACUCACAAGUUUGGAUUGAGUUCAAGCUGGUUGUGGGGGCUUAAGGAUGGCGGCAUCAUGGUGCAUUGAGAAAAGGGGUUCUGUUAGGAAUGAUUCAUUUAGAGACAAUGAUAAUUUACCUGAAACUGGGUGUCUUUCUAAAAAAUCUUUACUAAAAUCACCAAAAACAUCGUUUUGCCUAUUGCCUUUUUUUUUCCCACUCAUAAUUUCUUCAGAUCACAACUCACAAGUUUGGAUUGAGUUCAAGCUGGUUGUGGGGGCUUAAGGAUGGCGGCAUCAUGGUGCAUUGAGAAAAGGGGUUCUGUUAGGAAUGAUUCAUUUAGAGACAAUGAUAAUUUACCUGAAACUGGGUGUCUUUCUAUUAUUGUUCUUGGUGCUUCUGGUGAUCUUGCCAAGAAGAAAACUUUUCCUGCACUCUUCAACCUCUAUCGGCAGGGAUUUCUGCAAUCCAAUGAAGUUCACAUUUUUGGUUAUGCAAGGACAAAAAUUUCUGAUGGUGACUUGAGAAACCGUAUCCGUGGGUAUCUUUCUCAGGGUAGAGAAAAUGAAGAAGAAGUAUCAGAGUUUCUGCAACUGAUUAAAUACGUCAGUGGUUCUUAUGAUUCUGGGGAGGGCUUUUCGUUACUGGACAAGGCGAUAUCUGAGCACGAAAUUUCAAAAAACAGCACAGAAGGAUCAUCCAGAAGACUCUUCUACUUUGCUCUUCCUCCGUCAGUAUAUCCUUCUGUUUGCAGAAUGAUAAAAAGUUAUUGUAUGAACAAAUCUGAUCUUGGUGGUUGGACGCGCAUUGUUGUUGAGAAGCCCUUUGGCAAGGAUUUAGCUUCAGCUGAGCAACUAAGUUCCCAGAUUGGAGAACUAUUUGACGAGUCCCAAAUUUAUCGCAUUGACCAUUAUUUGGGGAAGGAGUUGGUUCAGAAUUUGUUGGUGCUGCGUUUUGCAAAUCGCUUCUUUUUACCGCUCUGGAAUCGUGACAACAUUGAUAAUAUACAGAUUGUCUUUAGAGAGGACUUUGGAACUGAAGGUCGUGGUGGAUAUUUUGAUGAAUAUGGGAUUAUACGUGACAUUAUUCAGAACCAUCUAUUGCAGGUCCUUUGCCUUGUUGCCAUGGAGAAGCCUGUUUCUCAGAAGCCCGAACACAUCCGGGAUGAGAAAGUUAAGGUUCUUCAAUCAAUGCUUCCCAUUAAAGAUGAAGAAGUUGUUCUUGGACAAUAUGAAGGCUAUAAGGAUGACCCAACGGUUCCUGACAACUCAAAUACUCCUACUUUUGCAACUAUGGUUUUACGCAUACACAAUGAAAGAUGGGAAGGUGUUCCCUUUAUAAUGAAGGCUGGAAAAGCACUAAAUUCAAGAAAGGCAGAAAUACGAGUGCAGUUUAAGGAUGUUCCUGGUGAUAUAUUUAGAUGUCAAAAGCAGGGGAGAAACGAGUUUGUGAUACGCCUCCAACCUAAAGAAGCCAUGUACAUGAAGCUUACAGUCAAGAAGCCUGGGCUUGAAAUGUCAACCGUUCAAAGUGAAUUAGACCUGUCAUAUGGGCAUCGUUACCAAGGGGUUGCUAUUCCAGAGGCUUAUGAACGUCUGAUUCUCGACACAAUAAGAGGGGAUCAGCAACAUUUUGUGCGCAGGGAUGAGCUCAAGGCGGCUUGGGAGAUUUUUACCCCUCUUUUGCAUAGAAUUGACAAUGGAGAGGUGAAGCCAAUUUCAUACAAGCCAGGCAGCAGAGGCCCUGCUGAAGCAGAUGAGUUGUUGCGAAAUGCCGGUUACGUUCAAACUCACGGCUAUAUAUGGAUCCCUCCCACACUAUAAGUUUGCAAAAUUAUUGCAGAUGAGUGUUACCUUGUCACUUUUGCCAUGUAGUAUCCUGCCUAUGUGCAAACUCAUCGAGAAGUAACAAAUAAUCGGUGUAUCACAAAUAUAUUUGCAUGUAAUAAUCUCAUCUUUUUUAAGCUAAUAAAUGAGAGUAUCUGAAUA